ACGCGCCACCCACAGCCAACCACCUUCCACAAUCGGAAACCUCCCCUUUAAGCAAAGGGAGAAGAAAGACAGGGCGAGAGCAGGGUGGGGGCGGCUCGUGUGUGUCGGCAGAGGCUGCGGAGGUUCCUCCAAUAAUCCCUCAGGUCAAGGAGCAGCCCGUCUAGUCCGCCUCCCUUUCCCUUUAAGGCUAAAGCAAGGAGAAAGCCGCCCUUCUUCCUCCCGCUGUAUGACACUUGCCAAGGAGGGCGGCGCUAAGAGAGAGGGAGGAAGAGAGGGACGGUGCCGCCCGCCCCCCCCCCCCCCCGCCACACUCCGCUGUCCUCCUGGGCUGUUCGAGAGGCAAGCAGGUGGCCCAUCAAUCAGUGCUCCUUGCCCGGGGCCGGCGAGGCGGGAAAAGCGCCCCCUCUCUGCGCCUCAGACUGCUGCAGCCCGCUGCGGGGAUGUGCCAUUGCCAUUGCCAUGGCGAGGCGGUUCUUCCCGGGGGCCUGGCUCAGGAAGCACUACUACGGCCAGGUUCGCUUCUCUUAUAUGCGGAUGAAGUAUCUCUUCUUCUCUUGGCUAGGAGUAUUUAUUGGCAGCUGGAUUAUUUAUGUUCAGUAUUCAACUUACACAGAGCUUUGCAGAGGGCAUGACUGCAAGAAAAUAAUAUGUGAUAAGUACAAGACUGGAGUUAUUGAUGGAUCAGCAUGUAGCAGCCUGUGUACCAGACAGACUUUGUAUUUUGGGAAAUGUAUGUCCACAAAACCCAACAACCAGAUGUAUUUAGGAGUCUGGGGAAAUCUACAAGGUGUUAUAAAAUGCCAGAUGGAAGAAAUUGCUCACAUUGACCUUGGAACUGAAAUAGAACCAAGGAAGGAAACUGUACUAUUUGAUAAACCAACUAGAGGAACUACUGUUCAGAAAUUCAAGGAGAUGGUCUAUGGGCUUUUUAAAGCAAAACUAGGUGAACAGGGAAAUCUUCCUGAGCUGGUUAACCUCAUCUUGUCUGUUGCUGAUGGGAACAAAGAUGGUAGAGUUUCCUUGCCAGAAGCAAAGUCAGCAUGGGCACUUCUCCAGCUAAAUGAAUUUCUGCUUAUGGUCAUCCUACAGGAUAAAGAACAUACUCCCAAAUUGUUGGGCUUUUGUGGGGAUCUGUAUGUGAUGGAAAAAGUUGAAUAUACCUCUCUCUUUGGAAUAAGCCUUCCUUGGAUCAUAGAACUUUUCAUUCCCUCUGGUUUCAGAAGAAGCAUAGACCAGUGGUUUACUCCAUCAUGGCCUAGAAAAGCAAAAAUAGCCAUAGGGCUUCUAGAAUUUGUGGAAGAUAUUUUCCAUGGACCAUAUGGAAACUUUCUUAUGUGUGAUACGAGUGCCAAAAAUCUGGGUUACAAUGAUAAAUAUGACUUGAAAAUGGUGGAUAUGAGAAAAAUAGUGCCAGAAAUCAACUUGAAAGAACUAAUUAAAGAUCGUCACUGUGAGUCUGAUCUGGAUUGUGUGUAUGGAUCAGACUGUAGAACUAUUUGUGACCAAAGUAAAAUGAAAUGUACCACAGAAAUAAUUCAGCCAAACUUAGCAAAGGUGUGCCAGUUGCUUAAAGACUACUUGCUCCGUGGAGCUCCUCUGGAAAUACAUGAAGAGUUGGAGAAACAACUGUACUCUUGCAUUGCUCUGAAAGUCUCAGCAAAUCAGAUGGAAAUGGAGCAUUCCUUAAUACUUAACAACCUGAAAACAUUACUGUGGAAGAAAAUCUCUCAUACAAAUGAUUCUUAGUUUCUUUGUCUAGUUCUGCUGUAGGAGCUGACCACUUUGUGUCCAAUACAGAUUCAACAUCUUAAAAAAUACUCUUUAUUUAUCUGUCAUCAGCACUCCUUCAAACACUGCCACCAAGUGAUUUUUUUUUUCCAGUUGGAAAAUGAUAUAUGUUCUCAAAGUAUCUGCCUGGCAGAGACUACUAAAGCCAUAUGGCUAUAACAUUCCCAUUUGGGAAAUAAAAAAUACGAGUGCAGUGUUCUCCUCUUGCCCUUACCCAAGUUGAGAUCUGUAUGAAGCGUAUUCUGUUGAUAGUAUUCACACUGUGCUCCCACAAAGAGUAAUUUAACUUUGAGCCAAAUGUACAUGCUCUGAAGGAACAUGUGGGACAGACCCCCUGGGAUUGUACCACUUCGGAAUGCAAGUGCUGGAUUACGUUUGAAUACUCGGCCCCUUCAAACAAUCCCUGAGCCACAGGCAGGGGAGUCUUGAAGUAGAAGAGUACUGAAACUUAGAAGUCACACCUGCACUUUUCUUAAAUAAUAGUUCUGAGAGGGCUGCAGCCCUUAAGCAGUGCUGUGAGAAGCUUUUGUUUUUCUUUCUUCAUAACCGCCCACUCCCCCCAAAAAAAUUACAAAAUGGGUUGUGGUGCUCUCAAAAAUUUCUUCAGUCUAUUGUUUAACAGAAAACAACUUUAGCCUGAAGACCCACCACUAUUAGACAUUAACAUGGUAGAGUCCACACUGCUGUUUAUAAAUGAAAUGAAUAUUUUUGAGGUUGUUUACUAAUUUUAGCAUGGCAGAAUUUGCACAUUAGUAAUUUUUAAGACAGGAAAUCAAUGCGAUGAUUUUAAAAAUGUUUUAAACUGGAGGUUUUAGAACUAGAACUUUUUUGUUAGAUUUUUACAUUUGUAUACACAUUUACCUCAUGCAUACAUUGAAUGUUACCAAGUUAGCUGAAACUUCCUAGUUAAAUGUACGCUGAACCAUGCUAGCAAUUAAGGAUUUAAAUAAAGCAUGUUGCGCACGGGCACACGGUAGCAGCAAUAUUUAAAGACAUUAAAAUGAACUACUUACAUUAUUUGGGCCUCAAAUUUAGAAUAAAGUUUUCACAGUUUGGUGCCAAGAAUUAGGGAACACUUUAGAUUGAAUUAUUACAUGAGUGGGGAGAUGAAUAAUGUUGGUGUGAUUAAUAGUCUGGAUCAUGGUUGCUUAAUGAGAAAAACAUUAAAAUCAUAAGGCAUAUCCUGGCCAAAGGUAAGUACAUCAACAAUCAUAUGCCUGUUUGUUCUGAAGUGAUUCCCACUAAGUUCAAUGGGAAUAACUUCAAGUAAGUGUGCAUACAAAUGCAGGUGAAGUUUCACUGACUUCUAUGGGGAAAAUAAGCAUGUACUCAACCCUGUUUCAUUGACAUUUGACUAAAUUAAAUGUGUUCAUUAUUGGCUGGAUCUUGCCUAGUCAAAUCAAUAAACUAGUUAAGCAGAGCUAUUGAAUCUAAGCCUGUUGAUUCAAGAGUCAAAUUGGUAAACUUCUCUGGAUUAAUUGAUUUGUGGAUCAAGACUUUCAUGUAUCACACUAGCUAUUAAUCUAAUAUCUAAAAUUACUUUCAAGCUAUUCAGAUAUCUUGAAAGUAAUCUAGAUAUUACUUUCAAGUUGCUUUUGGAGUGAAUAUUAUGCCUUGUCUAAACUUGUUCUAGGAUUAUGUGACAGGUUGGUUUUGAACCAGGAUUGUCCUUACACUAGUGGUCCUGUCUGUUCUGAGCUGAGAUUCUAGCUUUGCUUGUAAAGCAGCAAACAAAGCAAGACAAUAAGAAAGUAUAGGCAUGUGAGAGCACUCCUCCUACAUUCAAUGUAUUUUUUUUUUUAGAAUGGUACAGUACUUUUCACUACCUUUUUGUAUAUUUCAUGAGCCUAGAUGCAUGGUUUCUACUUCUGUAUAUGGCAAUUUUGAUCACAAAUGGACAGUCUUUGUUAUCCACGCCUAGCUGUUGAUUCUAAACAGUCAGCCAGUUCCUCAAAUCUGCUCAGAUGACACUUGCCAUUGUUUGGCAGAGCUUUUGUGAAACACUUGUGAACAUGAUGCGUGACAAUAACUUGUAGUCUCCACCUCCUCAUUUCAUUUGUAUUUCUGUUACAAGAGGGGAAAGAUGAGUAAGAAAAGUCCUUUAUUUUAAAGCUUUUUCUCCAACUGUCCUUCUGGCUUCAAUAUGUUGCUUUGUCAACAAGAACUUAAGUUUAUUCAUAUAAACUUAUAUGAUGUAGACAAGCUGCUUGGAAUGGUGCGGCCUACCUCCUGUUCUCUUGACGCUUGUCAAACAUGGCUUAUACUAUCUGGUAGGGGGGUUGUUGUAGAAGGCCUGGUAGAGAUUAUACAUGCUUAUCCAAGGGAGGGAAGGAUGCCUUCCUGUCUUGAGGCAAUUAUUAGACCUCUUCUGAAGAAGCCUGAAGAGUUAAACAACUGUAGGCCUGUCUCCAACCUUCGCUGGUUGGGCAAGGUAAUUGAGAGUGUGGUGGCCUCCCAGCUCCAGACAGUCUUGGAGGAAAUUGAUUAUCUAGACCAAUUUCAGACUGGUUUCUGAGCAGGCUAUGGGGUGGAAACUGCCUUAGUUGGCCUGAUGGAUGAUCUCCAAUGGGGAGUUGACAGAAGAAGUGUCACUCUAUUGAUCCUUUUGGAUCUCUUGGUGAUUUUCAAUACUAUUGACCAUAGUAUCCUUCUGGAGUGUCUGAGGGGGCUGGGAACAGGGCACUGCUUUGCAGUGGUUCUGUUCCUACCUCUCCGGCAGAUUCUAGAUGGUGUCCCUUGGAGACUGUUGCUCUUCAAAAUGUGGACUUUUAUAUGGUGUCCUCCAGGGCUCUAUACUGUCUCCAGUGCUUUUUAACAUCUAUAUGAAACUGCUGGGAGAGAUAAUCAGGAAAUUUGGUGCAGGGCAUUAUCAGUGUGCUGAUGACACCCAAAUCUAUUUCUCCAUGACAACAUCAGGGGAAGGCAUAACCUCCCUAAAUGCCUGCCUGGAGACAGUAAUGGACUGGAUGAGAGAUAAUAGACUGAGACUGAAUUCAGAUAAAAUGGAGGUACUUAUUGUGCAGCAUUGGAAUUCGGGAGACUAUUUUGAUCUGCCGGUUCUUGAUGAGGGUCACACUUUCCCAGAAAGAAUAGGUGUGUAGUCUGAGAGUGCUUCUGGAUCUAAACCUCUUCAUGUUGAGGUGGUGCCCAGAGGUGCUUUCGCUUUGGCUGAUAUGCCAACUGCAUCCAUUUCUUGAGAUAAACAACCUCAAAACAGUGGUACAUAUGCUGAUAACCUCCAGACUGAACUACUGCAAAGCACAUUAUGCGGGGCUGUCUUUGUACGUAGUCUGGAAACCGCAGUUGGUACAGAAUGCAGCAGCCAGUUUAGUCUCUGGGUCAUCUUGAGGAGACCAUAUUACUCCUAUAUUCAAAGAACAGCGCUGGCUACCAAUAAGUUUCCAGGCAAAGUUCAAGGUGCUGAUUAUAACCUAUAAAGUCCCAAACAACUUAGGCCCCGGGUAUUUAAGAGAACGUCAUCUUCACCAUGAGCCCCAUCGCCCAUUGAGAUAAUCCAGAGCGGUUCAUCUGCAGUUGCCACCAGCUUAUCUGGUGGAUAUAUCAGACAGGCUUUCUCUAUUGCCACCCCAAGACUCUGGAAUGCACUCCCUGCUGAAGAACCACCCCAUCUCUGACAACUUUUAAGAAGUCUUUAAAGACACUUUCCCCCCCACCCAAGCUUUUUAACUAGAUUUGUGGCUUUAAAUCGUUUUAAGGUUUUUAUGUCUGUUUAAUUUGUUUUAUGUUGUAAACUGCCCAGAGAUGGAAGUUUGGGGCAGUGUACAGAUAUAAUUAAAUAAAUAUAAUGAAAAUGCACUUACAGAGCAAAAUGGUCUUUGUUCUCUGUAUGAUAUGUGAAGUUCAAUAAUUUGCUUUAGGAUUCUGUGCAUUUUUGCCUUGUGUACAUAUUUUUACUAACAAUAUUCUUGCACAAUGUCCACUUCUUGUUAAUUGACAGGUACAGUUCAGAAAGCAGCAUUUAAUAUUUGCAACCACUAAAUCCGUAUUUUACUAGGCAUAUAUUUGUGCCAAGUAAAUCUGAAUGUCAAUAUUGUUAGUCAUUGCUCAGUUAAAAGAAAAAUUGAGUGAAAUAUUUCUAAAUAUUUGAAAUUUUGGAACAAAUUGUCAACAAUGCAGUUUGUACUAUAUUGCAUUCUGAUUGCUGUUAUACCAUCUUCAGGAGUUACAUUUUGAAUAUGAAUUGUUUACAAUAAACUGGAAUUGUUUCCCCUG